AUCUUUCACAACGUGGUUGAAGUUCUUUUCUUCGAUUCAUCGGAAAGUGUUGUUGAGGUUCUCGACCGAUCCACGGUUUUUUUUUUGUAUUUCUGCUAAUCUGCGACUAGUAAAUUAACAAAAAUGGUUGCUCAAAAGAAACAGAAAAAGGCAAUUGAGAGUAUAAACAGUCGUUUGGCUUUGGUAAUGAAAUCUGGAAAAUACUGUCUAGGUUACAAGCAGACACUUAAGACCUUAAGACAAGGUAAAUCGAAACUUAUCAUCAUUUCUAACAACACACCUCCACUUAGAAAAUCAGAAAUUGAAUAUUACGCCAUGUUAGCCAAAACUGGAGUACAUCACUAUUCUGGUAACAACGUCGAGUUAGGAACGGCUUGUGGAAAAUACUUCAGGGUGUGUGCUAUGUCUAUCACCGAUCCAGGAGACAGUGAUAUCAUUAGGUCCAUGCCAGCAUCAGAAGGAGGUGAAAAAUAGACUAUGUCGAAUUAUUUUAAGCAUACAAAAUAUUUUGAAUAAAUUGUGAACCUUAA